AUGGCGCAAGUGGAGACCGUGGUCCAAUUGCAGCAAGCCGAGAUCCGCACUCGGGAUCCCCAUGCAGCAAGUGACAUCCUGAAAGCGGUUUUUGACAAGCACCACCAUCAGCGUGAAACCCGCAAGUUCGAUCCCGACGCCCGCAAGGAUGCCGUUGGCGAGGAUCGCCCGGUUCCGCCACGGGCAGAAAGCCAAGAGGAGGCCCUGCUCCAACGCCAGGCGCGGAGCUCUGAGAAGGAAGCGGAUUCGGAGCAUUCCUUGGAUGAGAGCCUUUCCAGCAAGUGGAAUCCUCUGAAAGAAUUCGAGAGAACGGUCAACAAAGCGGUCGACAAGCUCGACGGCGACGGCCUGGGCCUUGAUGCCCUGGGAGAUGCCUUCGACAAGGUGAAAGAGCAGGGCAACCAUCUAGAAUUCAUCCAGAACACCGUGAUCGACACCGUCGACAAGGCCUGGACGAUUCUCUCGAAGUUCACGGGCUUCUCGUUCAGCUCCAACUGCAACGCCCAUACUCCAAGUGCCUCAGUGAACGGCUAUUACCUCAACAUCAAUUUUGGCAACCUGCGUUGCUCGGUGACGCUUGUUGGCAGGACCGUCCAGCUCUUCCACACCAACUGGGCAAACCAAAAUUUCAAACUGCCGAAUCCGUUCCAUCAUUUCAGCGUACUGGAUCACUUGCCCCACCAGAUCAGGAGUGUUGCAUAUUCCGGCCAGAUAGGGAAAGUGAUUGGAUCAAGCCAGGAGGCCGUCGACAGGUUGUUCGGGUUUGUCCAUGAUGUCCUGAACACCGGCCACUGCAACAGAGGUGACACCUUCCACUGCAUCGCCAAGCGCCUUGCGUCCUACGUCAUGCAGUUUGAACCGCCGCUGAACUGGCUGCCCAGUCCCGUCGGUGUUCUUGCAGGCUCGCCCCUCAACUCCAUCAAGAGCUUGAUGGCCAUGGGGAAGGACCUGAUGAAUUGCCAGCACUUUGAGUCAUCCACGGAACUGACGAAAUGCCUUGGCUUCAAGAUCGUCAACCUGGUGCCGCCUUUGAGCUACUUGAACCGCCUGGGUGAAGUGAUGGAGGAGACCAUCGAGGCCUUUGCGAAGGCUGCCACGGCCCUGGCGAAGAAGGCGUUGAAGGGCGGCACUUCAUUGGUCCAGAAGGCGAGCCUCUCGGACUUCCCUGCGGUCGGAAAGAUGCCCGUUCGCCACCAGCAGGGCGACCUGAUCGUUGAGCUGCACUCGCAAGAGCUGCAUCCCUCACUCUUGGAGUUCUCUUCGGCACUGGGGCAGCAGCAGCAGGACGCGCUGGGCUCGGACGGCCCAGGUGUCAAGUUGGUGAAAGGUGAUGACGUCCAGGUCACGAACCUGAUCACGCAGUUCAAUGGCAGGGAGGCCGAUUCGGGCUCCUGUCUGGCUUUCGCUCCCCGGAACAAGAACGGAGCUCAGGCUGGUAACCACCAGGAGGCGACGAAAGACGACUGGACGUCGGCAACGAAGGAUGACUUCGUCCAGCUGGAGCCUUGGGCGGUGCCCUGCGACAACACUUGGAUGAAGGACAACUGGAACAAGUGGCAGGGCUAUUCCUUCUACACGGGCUCGGCCGCCGUCGAGAAGUGCCUGUCAGUCACGUUCAAAAUAGACAUCCAGCCUGUCGUCGCCUUCGUCGCCGGCUUGUCCAUCAAGUUUUUGCCGACCCUCUUCGACUUGAUCACCACCGUGUGUUGGCCCAACCAGAUGCCGGGUGGCCUGGACUUGUCCGUCCUGCGUUCGGAGCUGAAAACCGGCGAUCACCUGCUCUUCAGCCGGACGCUGCGGCUUGCAAAGCGCUUCGGCUCCGACACGCACUUCGUGAAGAAGAACCUCGGGAGUGGCUACCAAACCUGGAGACACCCGCUGGGCAUCGCCAAAGGCGAGAGCAGGCCUGGAUUCGCACCGAUGUCGCUCUUGGAGGGCAAUCGAAGCAGCCAAGUUGAAGGCGGAGAGGGCGAGAAGCUCGAGACAGAGUCGUGGUAUUGGAAGACCGAGACGGAGGACCUCUACUUGGCCUCCGUCGACUAUGAUGAUUCCAUGGAGGCUAACACGACCUGGGAGAUGCGCGGGGCAGAUGCAGCGCGGCACCUGAGCGCAAUGCAGGAGGCUCAGGCGCAGGGCAAGGAGGACAUCAUUAAGCUCUUUAACUUCAAAAAGCCAGGAAUGACGAACUUCGAAGUCCAAGGCCUUCUCAAUGGCAACAGCCUUGAGCUGGGCCUCCAGAUGGGAUUCGGGCCUUACCAGAGCCCAAGCCGGCGAAUCCAAUUGGCAGACAUCGGGGUGCAGUUUGCUGUUAUCCUUGCGGCGGUCCCCUGGAUCUCGGUGGAAACCAAGAAGACGGCGAUCGCUGCCUUGAGAGACUUCUCGACAGAGGACGCUGGGCGAGUCAAGGGACUUCCGCUGAGGCCAGGUUCCGUCAUUGCCCUGCACUGCACGCACAACAACCGCUACCUCUCCAUGCAAUCAGAUCACCUUUACGGCAGCCCGGAGGAGCGUCCCGAUGGGAUCAAGGAUUGGUGGACUCACCAGCGCUUUACCGUGGUCGAUGCAGGGAACGGCCAGAUCGCGUUGCACAAUGCGCUCCACAACAAGUUCCUCAAGUCACACGGCAGUGGAGUCAGUCCUACCAAGAAUGCGAACGAGCUUCCUCACAAUUGGGGCGCAGAGAAAUGGACGGUGGUAGAUGCCGGAAAUGGACAGAUUGCAUUGCAGGGUACGUCGAAGCGCUUCCUCAAGGUCGACGGUGGGGGUGGGGCCGGCCUCACCGAUCCUCGGGAUCAUCUGCCCGCAGACUGGACGUGGGAGCGCUUCACCGUCGUGGCCGCUGAGGUGAAGCUGGUCCCUGGAUCAACAGUGGCUCUCUACAACACCCACCACCGGAAAUUCGUUGCGAUGAGAAAGGACCACCUGGAACCCGGCGGUUUCAGAGAAGGCGGUGACCUGCCCGAUGAUUGGACCCACGAGCGCUUCACCGUCAUCCGGAAGGACGGUCGACAGAUCGCGCUGCACAACGCCAGACAUAAUCGCUUCAUCAAGGUUAAUGGAGCGAGCCCCCACAAGAAUCCGGAUCAACUUCCCGGAGGCUGGGGCCUGGAGGUCUUCGAAGUGUGGCCGGCCGUUGACGGAGAGAUGAUGCUGUGGAAUCGUGGCGUCAACCGAAUGGUCCAAAUGGGUGGUGGCCAUAUGGGCGAGAGUGGCCAUCCGCCUGCUGGCUUGGACACACGCAGCUGGCCAUGGGAGCGCUUCCGUGUCGUGCAUGUCAAGCCAUUCCUGGAGCCGGGGACGGUCGUGGCCCUGCACAAUGCAGUCCACAACCGGUUCCUGUCGAUGAAUUCUCAUCACAUGAUGGACCGCAGCCCAGAGAAAGGCGUGGGGGACUUGCCCGACUGGUGGAGUUGGCAGCGUUUCAAGGUUGUUGAUGCCGGGAACGGCCAGAUCGGCCUUUACAACGAACACCACAAGCGGUAUGUAAUGAUGAGUGGCUGCAACGGGCGCCAACUGGGAACAGCUCCUCACUUGAAGGGGUACGAAAGGUUCACGGUCGUGCCUGGAAGUGAUAAUUUCGAUGGGAAGAUUGCCUUGCACAACUCGAUGCACAACUGCUUCAUGCGCAUGACGGGCACUUAUGCAGAUACCAGCUCUCACAAGUCGAUCCAGGACCUUCCGGAUAAUUGGGGACAGGAACGCUUUCACAUCGUGAAGGUGGCAGGCGGAAAGCAGGCUAGCGAGCCGGCCGGCAAAGGCCUGGACGUGUCUUUGACUUGA